CUGCCAGGUUUGACAGCGUCCGUCCUUUGCCAGUGGAGAAGUGCCCUGGGGGGCGGCUAGAAGGCAAAGUUGCCAUUAUUACAGGUGGAGCAAGCGGGUUCGGAGAAAGCAGUGCAAGAACUUUUGCCCGGCAUGGUGCGAAAGUUGUGAUUGCUGACGUCCAAGAUAAUAAAGGUCUGCUGAAAACUUUGGCCAUUAUAAGAAAGACAAAUUAAUUUAUUUAAAUUAUGUCUUGAACAGGUAUGUCAAUUUGUGAAGAGCUCGGAUCCCUAGAAAACUUUUCAUAUGUCCAUUGCGAUGUCACAAGUGACAACGAUGUCAAAAACGUUGUCGAUUUCACAAUGCUCAAACAUGGAAAACUAGACAUCAUGUUCAACAAUGCCGGCAUCCCUGGAAACAUAGAUUUCAGCAUCGUAGAUUCAGACAGUGAAAACUUCAAAAGGGUUUUCGAUGUAAAUGUUUUUGGUGCAUAUCUAGGAUCCAAACAUGCAGCCAGAGCCAUGAUUCCGGCGAAAACCGGCAUAAUUCUCUUCACUUCGAGCAAUGCUUCUGUUGUUUCAGGUGAAUCCCCUCAUUCCUAUGCAGUGUCGAAACACGCAUUAGUGGGAUUGAUGAAGAAUUUGUGUGUGGAAUUAGGGCAGUAUGGGAUAAGGGUGAAUUGCAUAUCACCAGGUGCGGUUGCAACACCACUGCUGACAAAAGCAAUGGGAGUGGAUAAGAGUAUUGUGGAAGAAAUACUCUCCGCUUCUUCAAAUUUAAAAGGAGUGGUGCCGACGGCGGAGGAUGUGGCGAACGCGGCGCUAUAUUUGAGCAGCGAUGAAUCCAAGUUUGUGAGUGGAAUCAAUCUUGUGAUUGAUGGAGGUUACAGUACAACCAACCAAACUUACACAAAGAUGAUCAAGAAUUUUCUGUCCAAAUGAAUUUGAAUCGUG